GAAGACUGGAGGGGGAUACUAUAGGGCUUGGAUACAUUCCUCCAGCUGGGUUCUUCUGAUAAGCGCCAAUCAAGAAGUGAGAUAAUUCCAUGGAAGUCAACUGAACAGUGCUGCCUUUACACUGGUAGAGAACAUGGCUGGUAUCAGUUCAGUGCUGUCCUGGAAGUGCAUUCUAAAGAUAUACACAGAAGAGGGAUUUCUAUUCCGAGGAACAUUAUAUUGUCUGGGACUAUUCUCUUUUUGGUCUAUUUUAUUUUGACGAAUCUGCUUCUUCACGACGCCGCUAACUGUUUUGAUGCUGGGAACUAAAUUUGUUUUGUAUUCUUGAACAUAGAGAGAUAAGGCAGGCUGCUCUGUUUAUACUGUGAUGUCAUCAAGCCUGGAAUAUUAACCCAAUUGUUGCUGAAAUAAGAAGUGGUUCUUCUUUAUUUUUGUUUUGCUUUGUUUUCGUGGUUUUAAAAAAUGGCAAUCAAGAAAGUGGCUGAGAAUCUGGAAGUAAUUAUGUUUCAGAAAAUAAUGGAUGAGAUUGAGAUAACGAAACAAACCCUGCGACAGGGCAGUAAGGAGCUGAAAAUUGAACUGAGCAAAAUGACGCAGGAGCUUAAAGAAAUAGGGGAUCCUGUGAGAGAGGAGAAUGAGAUCAGAGAUGAGAAAAGAAAAAAUAAAGGGAAGAUACAAGCCCUGGAGAUUGGAACAAAUGUGGAAUUGGAAAAAGAUCUGGAAUUUAUGGAUAUUAGAAAUAAAAUCUACUGUUUGGAAUUUAACGUUAUCUCUGAAGAAAUUAAUGAAGAUAUUAGAGAUAAAGUUAUCAAUGGCUUGGAUAAUCUUCUGGACUGGAAUGACGUGAUGGAGCUUGAUAUAGAGAAAAUCUAUGGAACUAACAGCAGCCAUGUGACAAUGGAAAAACUGUCAAGAGAUGAACCAGUGCAUUUUGUAAAAAAGAAGAACAGAGAUAUGACUUUACAACAAUAUUUCAGCAACUUAUUCAGAAUUGAUGGCAAGAAAAUAUUUGGGAGAGAGGAAAUUCCCAUCAGACUCUUAUUAUAUGACUAUGGCUAUGAUAGCAAGAUUAUUAUGGAAUACUGAUAAUGGAAGAUUGGACACUGAAAUUACUGGACUUAACAGGACUAUUGAAGAUGGAAGAUGGAAUUAAUAGGGAUAAUGGAAUAAUGGCUAUUGAAAUUAUUGGACCUAACAGAUUUUGAUGAGAUGGAUUAAUCGAUAUGUUUAUUUGGAGAAAAAUUGAUAGAUAUAUUUCUUAAAGAAUUGAAACCUCUCUUUGACUUU